AUGUUAAAAGUUAGCCAUAGGGAAGAGUGUAUAAGAUUUGCCGUGGUGGGGGAGGGCGAUGGUGCGGGCGUGGCCGGAGCAGUGUUGCAGCCCUGCGGCAUGCGCCCCGAAUCAUUAAGUAGCAAUGACGAAGACGACGGAAUGCGGCGCCGGGAUAAGAGUCCACCAUUACGGUCAAAACCGUUGUCGGAAUUCCCUGGGCAGUACUUGAUGGUGUGCGCGUGGUCGACAGUUGAUAAUUAG